CCUACGGAACUAAAUACUUACCCCUAUUUCAACUAAACGACACUAGCGCGGCACCAGAGGUUGUAUAGCCUAGAUAGAGAAAUUGAAUAGUAUUAAUUACGUAAUAUUGUGAGAACAUUGAAAAAAAAUUACCAAAAAAGUUGACAGAUUCAAUCCAAUCCAAUGCUUUUUCUCAUAUCUUAUGAAUCUUUGAAAUAGACCUAAAUGAUUUUGUGAACGUUGGGUGGUUGAACAGCUAUCCUCUGGCAUAUUUUUGUAACUGAUUUUCGUUGUAUUGAUUCGUACAUUCCAAUAUGUCGUCGACUGUUUGCGGUUCAGUUUGCCAAUCGAAUGGGUGUAAAACCAAAGUCCAUUUUGAUGAAGCUAGUUACGUUUGGAUAAUUGAAGAUUUCGAUUUUCUCGAAGUCAACGGAAAGGAAUUGUGGUCGUUAGCGUUUUCAUCCACAACGAACGAUCAAGUUGAUUGGGUCUUAUCACUUUCUCCUAACGGCGAAACCGAUGCAAAAGAUUCCAUUGGUCUGUUCAUCUAUUUGAAUAAAAGCAGUCGUUUUGAAAAAAGCAAAAAAAUAUUCGCGAAAAUCACUUUUCACAUUCUGAGUGAAAAAAGUGGAGAAUACGUCACUGAGCCAAAGGAAAUCAAAGAAUUCUUGCAUCCUGACCAUGAUAAUACUGGUUGGGGCUUCACGGUCAAAAAAGAUACAGAGUUUAGAAACAAGUAUCUUUCGAACAAUACAUUGACGAUUCGCUGUGAAGUGAAGUUUUCUGAUGUGAAAAACAUCACUUGCAGUCCUCAUCAACAUAACUCCGAUAUAGAAAUGCCAGAAUGUAACCUUUCUGAAAACUUAGCAUCAUUAUUUGAAAAUCAAACGCUAACGGACGUUGUCCUCUCUGUGAAUGGUAAAGAUUAUCCUGCGCACAAGGCUAUAUUAGCUGCUCGUAGUCCAGUUUUCUGCGCCAUGUUCAUCCACAAUACAAAAGAAAGCGAGCUCAAUCGAGUAGAUAUUGAAGAUAUUAAUGAUGCUGUUGUGGAAGGAAUGUUGAAAUACGUUUACACUGGGAAAUGCGAUGAUUCGGAUGAAUUGGCCGAAGGAUUAUUGGCAGCAGCCGAUAAAUACGAUUUGUGUGGAUUGAAAAUUAUAUGUGCAGAGAAACUCAUUAAAGGAUUAUCAGUUAAGAGAGCAACAAAUGCUCUUAUAUUGGCCGAUAUGCAUCACCAUGAAGAUCUGAAACGUGAAGCGAUCAAGUUUAUUGUAGCUAACUUUGCUCAAGUCUUGAACACUAUAGGUUGGCAAAAUUUGCUUUUAUCGAAUCCUCAAUUGGUGAAUGAAGUUUGCCAAGAUAUUGCUCGUAAAUAAAUCUCGCGGAUGGUUUAAUACGGCUCUGUAUUAUCACUUUUUUGUAUUAUUUUUGCUUAUUCUUAUUUUGUUUCAAUAUUAUAGUUGUGGUUGAAUAUUAGAUAUUUUUUCAAUGAGUAGAAUAUUAUUACAGAGAUGAGUUGUGUAGAUUUUAAAACAUAUAUGUAUAUUCUAUGUUAGAAAAAAAGGUUUACUUACUUACUUGAAAUUUUUUGGU